UUUUUCUAAAACACAAACAAGAAGAGAAAGCGAGUUGUGAAAAUAUUCGCAGCGAAUGUUGGUCAGAGGAAAGUAUAGCUAAUUAAUCAAACGUUCAACAAAUAGUUGAAAGGAAGUAACAUUAAGAUAUACAGAUCGUUGCGAAAUACACGUAUAUGUUAACUGGAUUUAACUAGCUACAUUUCAAUUUCGUAAAAUUUGCAGCUACCAGCUAGCUAGGUUGUAGCUGGCUAGCUGGCUACUUGGCUGGCUAGCUAGUGCGACCAGCUUUCAACGAAAGGUGUUUGGAGGAAAGGGAAGGUUAAUAGACCCUGAGGAAAUAACCAAGCAGUAGGACAGUGAGAACUGGAAGGAAUAAUACAUGCCGGUGAAGAUGACACUUGUCUCUCCCUGUGCAGCCGCUGUUCUUCACAAUAUUGCUUCAUAGUCAUUAUUAUGAUCAACUUCAAUGUUGAUGUAAUUACUGGUGCUCUUUGUCCAUGAAAAUUUAGUUUUCGUUUAUUUUUGAUAGCUGUCACGUUUGGCCUCCUCCGUCACCUCACCCAACUCCUUUCCCUGAGCUUGGCAGCUAUUUGCUCAGCAUAUCAGAUUUGUGUGGUCUGAACAAUCCCACUCUAAACCACUGCACACUGAAGAACCAAGUAGCCUUUAACUCCCUCAUCGAAUCUGGACAAAACUGGUCCAGUCCUCUGGACAAGAAGCCUUGAGCUCCAGUUGAAGAGAGGAGUAUGACUGCUGAAACACUUAACUUCGGCCCAGAAUGUUGUCUAGGGGAAGAUAAUGGGCGAUGCAUAUCCAACCUAAACUUGAGGCUCCGUGCACUAUCCAGAGGGGGGAGUGUGACGUCCCCCCCUCCUUCUCCAGCCAUGCCAAAGUCCAAGCUGGCUGAUUACCGCUAUGGCCGCGAGGAGAUGCUAGCACUUUAUAUAAAAGAUAACAAGCCCCCAGAGGACAUGCAGGAUAAGGAGUUUGCUGCUAUCAUGCAGGAUGAGCCUGUGCAGCCUUUGGCCCUGGAGCCUCUAACUGAGGAGGAGCAGAGAAACUUCUCCAUGUCUGUGAACAGUGUGGCUGUGCUGAGGCUGAUGGGAAAGGGAGGCGGGGCUGCCCCUGUAGGCGUGUCUAGGGGCCGUGGAGGAUGCAUCAGAGGAGGUAGAGGGAGAGGGAGAGGUGAAGGUGCGUUCUACCAAAGAGUUCCUGGAGGUCCUGAUGAAGGAGAGGUGGGCUUCGGUCGUGGCCGGGAAAUGCUCCGCAGCCAAAGCUGGGAUGACCGAGCUGAGAGGCCAAGGUUUGAGAAGCCAAUCAGGUGUGCUGAAGUAGUGCGUCCAGGGUUCGAAGAGGCGGGGCCUCCGGGUAGGAAGGACUCCUGGCGUGCUGACAGCGACAACUGGCGUACCCUCCGAGAGGAGGAGGAAGAGGCAGCAGCAGCAGGAGGAGAGCAGCCGGCUUGGAGAGUUGCAGGAUCCCGCCGGGAUGAUGGAGGUCCUCGUUCUGCAGGCUGGCGUGAUCGUGGCGGCCGGAGGAAGUUUGAGUUUGAAUUCCGUGACGGCGAGGGCCCCCGCAGGGAAUCCGACAGGGACGGCCUUCCUGAGUGGUGCACCGACGAGGAGGAUGGAGAGAUGGGAACCUUUGACUCCUCUGGGGCCUUCAUGUGCAUCAAGCAGAAAGACUGUAAGGACACCAUCACUGAAGAGGAUCUGGAGUUUGAAGCUCUGGAGGAAGAGGAGGAGAAUGAUCAGGGAGGCAAGGACAACAACGCUGACAGAGAAGACCUCUUGUCCUUCUACUCCUUUCGUCUAGAUGAAUGUGAAGCAGCAGGUGAGGGAGAAGAUGAGUACAAGACUCCUUCUCCUCCUGCCAUCUCUGGCUCUCCACCCUCAGACCCUCUUCCUGCUCCCUGUGCCACACAGGCACCCAUCUCCCAUCCCACCAAAACAAACUAUGUGCCCGCUGAAGGCUGCCCACUUCCAGGGAGUGGUGCCCAGCUCAGCCCAGACCCCCCCUCCACCACCACUUCCAGCCUGAUUCCUCCUCCCUCCGGAUCUCUCCUCCCCUCAACAGGGGGAGAAGCAGAGGAGGACGAGGGCAUGAAGCACCUGCAACAGGAGGCUGAAAAGAUGGUGGCCUCACUGCAGGACACGUCCCUUGAGGAGGAGUGUUUCACUCAAGCACUACAGGAGAGCCACACAAUCACCUCUCACUCUCACACACACCCAGCCCCACACUCUCACACACACGCCGCUGGACACACACACUCGACCCAUAGGGACUGUGCCCUGCCCCUCUCCCACGAGGCAGCCAUGAAGUGGUUCUACAAGGAUCCCCAGGGAGAGGUCCAAGGUCCUUUCUCCACGGUGGAGAUGUGUGAGUGGUUCCAGGCCGGCUACUUCACCAUGACCCUGCUGGUAAAGAGGGGUUGUGAUGAGGGCUUCCAACCCCUGGGUGACGUCAUCAAAAUGUGGGGCCGUGUGCCCUUCUCCCCCGGCCCCUCCCCCCCGCCCCUCCUGGGCAAUAUGGACCAGGAGCUGCUUAAGAAACAUUUGGAGCAGGCAGCCACUGCAGCUCUAUACCAGCAACUACAGAUGCGGUUCCAGCACAUGAACAGGUACACACACACACACACACACACACACACACACACACACAAUUUAUGUGAGUGUACUAAUGUGUGUAUUUGCAGGAGUGGAGAUUCUAGCAUGAUGCCCUCGAUGAACAGGUCCAUGUCAGUACCUGAUAAUGGGUCCAUGUGGGACAUGCAUACCUCGGCCUCCCAGCAGUCAGGUGGUGAGGCCAACCUAUGGGACUUAACCAUGAGUCAUUCCACUCAGGGGCCAUCUCUGGAGCAGCUACAGAAGCUCCAGGACCGGCGUGAGGCUGAACUCAGGGCCAAGCGAGAGGAGGAGGAGCGCAAGCGGCAGGUUGAGAAGAGGAGGCAGCAGGAGGAACAGAAGAGGCGUGAUGAGGAGGAGCUGUACAGGCGUAAGCAGCAGUGUCGGCAGCAGCAGGAGCUGAUCAUGAAGCUGCUACAGCAGGCCCAGCCCGGGGCACCAGGGUGUGUCUCUGGGUCAGGGUGGAGCGGCUCCCAGGCCUCAGCCCUCUCCAAACAAGGCAAGAGCCUCGGCCUGCUGGAGCUGGAGACCGAAAGGCUGCUCAAACAGCAGGCCCAGCACCAGAGGGCCCAGCAUCAGAGAGACAGGCAUGGAGGCUUGUCUAUGGGCCAGUGGGGUGAGGGGUCUGUGGGCAUGUGGUCUGGUGGGGGCAUGGAGCCCAAAGGCAGCUCUGGAGGGAUGGGUGUCUGGGAGGAGGCUGUGAAGAACCAAAACAGCCUCCGCAAUAUGGGCAUGAAGAACAGCCGCAGCAGCCCAUCUCUCAGUGAGCAGUACAUGCUGAGGAAGAAGCGUACAGAGGAGGAGGACAAGCUGCUGAAACUGCUGCAGGGCAUGAAGCCCCAGGAUGGCUUCACCACCUGGUGUGAACAGAUGCUACACGCACUCAACACCUCCGCUAACAACUCCUCCUCCUCACUGGACGUGGCAACCAUCGUGGCCUACCUGAAGGAGGUGGAGUCUCCCUACGAGGUCCAUGACUUUAUCCGCUCCUACCUGGGCGACACCAUGGAAGCCAAAGAGUUCGCCAAGCAGUUCCUGGAGCGCCGAGCCAAACAGAAAGCCAACCACCAGAGACAACAACAGCAGCAACAACAGCUAUCAAAGGAAGUUUCAGGGCUGUCCAACUUUCCUAUCCAGUCCAUGUUCCAGGCAGCCCAGAUGGGAAAGGGAGGAAUGUAUGACAGUCAGGCUGCAAAGAUGAAGAAGAAACAGACCAUGAUGCUUCACUCUGACCCUAGCAUCUUAGGAUAUUCAUUCCUGAGCGCUGGGGACAGGAUGAACCUGGGUGAGAUGGAAACAGUGGAGGAUUAUUGAUCCACAGCAUCUACCUGAAUCCACCUGAGGCCUUACACCUGGAUUAAAACACACACUGACACACACACAAACACUCACCUACACCCACACAGACAAUGAUGAAUGUGCACUGCUGAGCUACUUUGCCCCCUCAUAGAUGAGGACUUGGAAAAGUAGUGUUUUCUCUCUCAUCUCUGUGUGUGUGGGGGGAGGGGGGGUGCAGAGGAGUACCCUCCUGCACUUCUUACAGUUAAGCACCUUAAACUAAUGCACUUUAUCACGAGGUUUCAAUAUUUGAAAUGAAGUUUUGCCAGUUUGUUUUCUUGUUUUUAGGAUGCAAAAUGUGCAUAUUGUGUCUACAAUAUGAAUACACACAUGUAGAUGUGUGUGUGUGUGCAAACAUACCUAAGUAAGGAACUGGAGGUUACAUCUCCAAUAAUAAUGUCGGGUGAUGAGGAUUUCUUUUGGAAAGUAUAUACAUUUUUUUUUUUUUUUAAAGUUUUUAUAUAAAAUGUAAAGCUAUAACAAAUUGCAUUUUAUUAAGAAAAAAACUUGAAGGUUUGCACUUAGAUAAACAAAACUAGUUGUAGAUAAGUAGUGGAAGAAAACGUUUCUUUGAAUGCUGGUGGGUUUGUGUGGUCGACUUAAAGCCUGCACAAUUUUUAUUGCUUACAGAGAUGCAUAAAAAGGCCAUGUUUUUACUUUGUUCCAUGAAACUUUUUUACUUUGAAGAAUGUAUGCAAUGUGUGCCCAUGUCAGAUGUAUAUGAGUGAUUGGUAGCCAAUGAAUGUGUAUAUUUUGUACAUGGAAUCUCUAAGCGAGAGUGGAGAGGGCUCUUUUCAACCAAUCUUUCACCAGCUCCUCAUCCCCUAAAUGACUUCAUGAAGGUCUUUUGCUUUGGUGUCCAGUUACCCGACUGGCCGUCUGUGUUUUUGUCAUUGGUGCAUUGCUGCCCUCAUUCUCCAUGGUGAGUCACGACGGUCCAUGGGCUCUGAUUCGCUGAUACAACUGUGAAAACAGAUCUUAUGAUUCAAGGCAGAUUUCCGAGGUGUAUUUUACUGCAGUUAAGUCACUCUCUCUCGUUUAAAGAACCAUAAAGUUCUGUUUAAUCAUUCUCUUCCUUGUGGUUAUGAGAGUUGGUAAGACCAGAGAAGUCCCUUGCAUUUUCCAAGGGGAUCUAUUUGCCUUUAACGACAUGUCAGUGUUGAGGUCUUGCUUUCCUGCUUCCAGGCAGUUUUGCAGACGAUUGCCACUGCGUAUGUUAACCCUAGUAUUGAUAGCUAGAGUCCUGUCUUUUUUUUGCUUCUUGAAUAGAAUGUCAGUUUUUAAACAAAGUGAAAGUAUUUGGACUUGAUAUGGAGCACUUUUGAUGCUGCUACACUAUUGUAUUUUUAUAUUGUUUUAUUCUUUUUUGCCUCUAUAUGGUAAUUAUUUUUACUUAUAAAAAAAAAAAAUAUGGGUGUGGAAAUGAAUGUAUUCCAAAAAACUGAAAUGUACAACAGUGCAUUGAGAUGAAGCCAGACUUUAAACAAAUCUUUUGGAGCUAAUGAGUAGAGUUGUGCUGAAGAAGUAUUAGAAUCCCAGAAGAUGAGCAACUGUAAAUGAAACCAAGGUGGACGCGGCUGAACACUGCCUUCUCUUACUGCUCUCUGAGAAACACAUCCUAAUAAGAUGAAGACAUCUGUCCACCGCCAUGUUGUCGUCCUCGAUACAACACACACGGGGAACUAGCAUGGGAAAUGUAGCAGUAGUGUUUUUUUUUUUUUUUUUUAAGAGAUUGGUCUCCUUUUAUCUUAGAAUGUCUGGGUUGUUACUAUUCAUGAAUGGGCUCUUGCUUUUCCUCAUUGCCUAAAUCUUGUGACAAUUUAGUUUUUGAAGAUGUGAGCAGAGGAAUGAUCGGUACGUCAUCAGCAAACUGAAACGGUCUUCGCUUUAACCGGUCUGGAUUAUAUUUUUAAUGGAAAAAGCCCCCCCCCCCCCCCCCAAGGAGAAUGGAUAUUAUUUUUGGGGAGCUGUGAUAAUGUAAUAUGUGGCUAUCAUUUGAUGCCAUGGGUUGGAGUGAGAUGGAGAGAACCUGAGAUGGGCAGAGAGGAGUCAAAAAUCAGACUCCUUUCGCGCUCUCUCCUUGUACCUCCAACAGAGACUUGUUCAUCAGGCCGGCCUCCUGCGUCCUUGCCCUAGCUGAUUUCCCCCCCCCCCCCCCCCUUUUUACAAAAUGCUGUGCUACGUGUCUCAUGGGGUCUGGCAUGCUGGGAUCAUGUGACUGGAGGCCUCCUGAUGUUAAAUGGACUUCUAACGAGAAUUAUUGAAUGUUCUAGAAAAUAAACUACUAAAAUGGGGAGACAUUUUUUUUACACAGGCCUACAAUUGGAUCCAUUGAAAUCCAAAACUACUGGACAAUGGACUCAUUGGUACGGGUGGGGUCAGUCGUGAAGCUUGUUCAUCUUGUGCUUUUGUUGGGUCUAGUUGAACAUUUAUCAAAUCACAGAGCCGAGUGUUGGGAGAUGGACAGGUUUGUUGACUGAGUAUGCCCCGUCUCGUUGUAUUUACUCUCUCUUACUGGACAGUAUUCCUCAAGGAUUGCCUUUCCCUCGGCAUUCGCCACAAGAAAAGACAACAUUGAGGACGACCUUGACACAGAAGAUCAGAUUCUUCAGUGUUGCAGAACGAUGCUGCGCUGACCACCAGAGAUUCACAGAAGGCAAGUUAACGAGUGUUGUUUCUGCAGGAUACCUCAUGGACACCACCACCUCAUUGCUCUGUCCAUGUAGCGGCCUCUCUGCUGGACGACUGUCUGCGGUGUAUUGGCGGCCGAGGCCUGUGUGCUCUCAUACCCUGUUGGACUGGAUCACAGCUGGACAUGGGAUGGUCUCAGAGGGGAGCAGACGGUAGAGGAGAGCCUCCCAGAAACCAGCUUUGUCCCAGUCCUGGGCUGAGGGUGAGAUGGAACCCAGCUGACUACGGUCUCAACCAGGAGUUAACACACACCUUGUGAACAUGGACUCAAAAUGACUGAACAUAUACAACUAUGCUCAUGGCCUGUUACUCACACACACACACACACAUCUGGUUGGCAAGUUUCAACUCCUGGAUAUAAAUAGUCAAUGAUUAAUUCCUCUUUACUCAUUUUUGUUUGGUUAUUUGAAACUUUUUUUGGUUUUACUUGCCUUAAAUGUACAGAAUUAAAUUGCCCAUGUGUGAUGUCCCCUUCCCCACCAUCCCUAAGUAAUGCUUGACCUGGUGAAGUGUAUCUAAGGAUUUCUGGCGUUGGGUUGUUUUGGGACAAAAUUUGCCCUUCUGAGCAGUAAAAUUGCAGUAAUUGGGAUUAAAGUGAGUGCUGUAAAAAUGUAAAUAUAAUGUUAAAGCUAUUAGAGGAAUGUCUCUCAUGCAGAAUUGGUUCAUUAGUUUUGGGGGAAAUGUUAUGGGAUUUGACUCUUCUGCUACUCUACCACAGCAGCAUUUGAGAUGGGGGGGGUUGUGUAUAUAGUUUUCCUUUUGAAUAGACGUGUUACAGAAUAAAUAAACUGUGUGGAAUGCAAUAU